AUGGAGACCUCACACAAGCUCAAAAGAACAAGAUUAAGCAUGAUGCUAAGUUUUACAUUUGGGAUGAGCCUUCUUAAUGGAAACAUUACGCUGAUCAAGUCAUUUGAAGCUUUAUUUCGGCGCUAUCAAGUGACUCAUAAAGUAAUCGCUGCCUACCAUCCACAAGAAAAUGACGAAGCUGAGGUAUCGAAUAGAGAGGUCAAGUCUAUCCUUGAAAAGACGGUGAAUCCAAAUAGGAAGGAUUGGAGUGUAAGACUAGAUGAUGCUCUAUGGGCAUAUCGUACGGCAUACAAAACACUGCUUGGUAUGUCGUUGUAUCAGUUGUUGUAUGGAAAGCCUUGUCAUUUACUGGUUGAAUUAGAGCAUAAAGCUUGGUGGGCUGUGAAAAAGUGUAACAUGGAGAUGGAUAAUGCAGGCCAACAAAGAAUGCUACAAUUACAAGAGCUAGAGGAAAUUCUUAAUGAUGCUUAUGAGAGCUCUAAGACUUACAAAGAAAAGACCAAAGCCUUUCAUGAUCAAAAUAGAAUUAUUCGAAAGACAUUUGACGCGGGAAAAAAAGUAUUAUUGUAUCAUUCUCGCCUUAAACUCUUUCUGGGUAAGUUAAAAUCUCGAUGGGUUGGACCUUUCAUAGUGGUACACAAUUAUCCUCAUGAAGCGGUAGAAAUUACAAGUCCAUCAACGGGAAAAAUACUCAAGGUUAAUGGUCAUAGAUUGAAGCCUUAUUAUGAAUCUAUCGAGGAGGAACAAGCUACUGUGAUUCAUCUCUUCGAUCUAGAAUAUGUUGAUGAAGUAUGA